AUGGCGAGUUGUGAGAGAUGUUUCUGCUGUCACUGCUGCUGCAGGGAUGCCGAGAGCAGAACACCCGAGGAGCUGACUAUUCUUGGUGAGACCCAAGAAGAUGACGAUGAGAUUUUGCCGAGAAAAGACUAUGAGAGUUUGGAUUAUGACCGAUGUAUCAAUGAGCCGUACGUGGAGGUGCUGGAGGGGUUGGACAAUAAGAAAGCCAAAAAGUUUGAAGUGGUGAAAUGGAUAUUGGUGUUUGCCAUUGGAGUGUCCACAGGAUUGGUGGGCCUUUUUGUAGAUUUCUUUGUGCGACUCUUUAUGCAUCUCAAAUUCAGCUUGGUAGGAAAAUCUGUGGAGGAAUGCAGUGUAAAGGGCUGCCUUGCCUUGUCUCUACUGGAGCUUCUGGCUUUCAAUCUCACUUUUAUACUAAUCGCCAGUGUACUGGUUCUCAUAGAGCCUAUAGCAACUGGGUCAGGUAUUCCUGAGAUCAAGAGUUACCUGAAUGGAGUGAAGAUCCCUGGUAUAGUGCGCUUGUGCACUUUUGUAUGCAAAGCUGUGGGGGUGGUGUUUGCUGUGGCUGGAGGUCUGUUUGUGGGGAAAGAGGGCCCAAUGAUUCACAGUGGAGCCAUUGUAGGAGCUGGAUUACCUCAGUUUCAGAGCAUCACUUUCAAGAAAAUUCGGUUUCACUACCCUUAUUUUCGUAGUGACAGAGAUAAACGUGAUUUUGUUUCUGCUGGAGCGGCGGCGGGUGUGGCUGCUGCUUUUGGUGCGCCCAUUGGAGGCACUCUCUUCAGUCUGGAGGAGGGCUCGUCCUUCUGGAACCAGGCCCUCACAUGGAAAGUGUUGUUCUGCUCCAUGUCAGCCACAUUCACACUCAACUUCUUUCGCUCUGGAAUGAUAUACAACAAGUGGGGCUCUUUCCAGCUGCCUGGCCUGCUCAACUUUGGAGAAUUCAAGUGUGCAGAUGGAGACAAGAACUGUCACCUGUGGACAGCCGUGGACUUGGCCUUCUUUGUCCUGAUGGGACUAGCCGGGGGGCUGCUUGGAGCCUUGUUCAACUGUAUCAACAAACAUCUUGCCAAGUAUCGCAUGAGAAAUGUCCAUCCAAAGGCUAAGUUUAUCAGGGUUCUGGAAAGUCUUUUGGUUUCCAUGGUGACAACAGUGGUGAUAUUCGUCGCCUCCAUAACCAUGGGAGAGUGUAGGGAUUUAACUUCUCCCACAACCAACAACAGCACAGCACUGGUUUCUGUGAAUGAGGGGGUAAACUCCACCAUAAGGCAGUUCUUCUGCUCCAACAAGACAUACAAUGACAUGGCAACACUGCUCUUCAACCCUCAGGAGGUCGCUAUCAAUCAGCUGUUUCACCAGGACGCCACCUUCAGUCCAGUCACCCUGUGCGUGUUCUUCGUGUUGUACUUCCUGCUGGCCUGUUGGACGUACGGUGUGUCUGUGCCCAGUGGACUUUUUGUUCCCUCCCUCCUCUGUGGAGCUUCACUCGGCCGUCUGGUGGCCAACAUCCUUAAAAUAAACCUGGGGAUGCAUAUAUAUUCAGGAACGUUUGCUCUGAUUGGAGCUGCUGCAUUUUUAGGGGGUGUGGUUCGCAUGACCAUCAGCUUGACUGUCAUCCUCAUUGAAUCAACCAAUGAGAUCACUUAUGGACUUCCCAUUAUGAUAACUCUCAUGGUAGCCAAGUGGACGGGAGACUUCUUUAAUAAGGGCAUAUAUGACAUCCACAUUCAUCUCAGAGGAGUUCCUCUUUUGGAGUGGGAGACUGACAUGGAGAUGGACAAACUGACAGCCAGUGAUAUUAUGGAGCCAAACCUGACGUAUCUCUACCCUCACACACGGAUCCAGUCACUGGUUAGCAUCCUGAGAACGACAGUGUACCACGCUUUCCCUGUCGUAACAGAGAACAGAGACAAUGAGAAAGAGUUCAUGAAAGGCAACAUUCUCAUCAGUAACAACAUCCGAUUCAAGAAAAGCAGCAUCCUAUCCCGUGCAGGCGAGCAGAGACGUCGGUGCCAGUCGAUGAAGUCCUAUCCGUCUAGUGAACUCAGGAACAUGUGUGAUGAGGAGGUGGAAGUGGAGCCUGCGGAGGAUGGGCAGGAUAUCCUGCAGCAGAUGCUGGAAAGGAGACACACCCCUUACCCAAACCUGUACCCAGACCAGUCACCCAGUGAAGAGUGGACCAUGGAGGAACGAUUCCGACCUUUAACCUUUCACGGCCUCAUCCUGCGCUCACAGCUGGUCACUCUGCUCAUACGUGGCGUGUGUUACGCCGAGAACCAAUCGAGUGCAUCUCAGCCUCGACUCUCCUACGCAGAGAUGACUGAGGACUAUCCCCGUUUCCCUGACAUCCACGAUCUGGACCUGGCCCUGCUCAACCCACGCAUGAUUGUGGAUGUCACUCCUUACAUGAACCCAUGUCCAUACACAGUCUCCCCAAACACACGGGUCUCACAGGUGUUUAACCUCUUCAGAACCAUGGGCCUAAGACACCUGCCUGUCGUCAACGCCGUGGGAGAAAUCGUGGGAAUAAUCACCAGACACAACCUGACUCAUGAAUUCCUUAAGGCCAAACUCAGGCAACAUUACAUCACCAUAUGAGACAGGCAGUAGCCAUCUGCCCCUUAGGGCCAGCCCAACUGGACUACAACAUCCUGGACUACAUCACCCUGGAGAUGCAUUGAGAUCAGCCACAGAGCUGUUACCCCUCAUUCAGUUCCUGACCAUUACCUGGAACACUAAUCCAUAGUACCCUUGGACCACACACACUCUCUCUCUCACACACACACACACACACACACAACCACACACACACACACACACACACAC